GCAACACGUACGCAAGUGCACCUCCCGGGUAGUUCCCAGCUCCUCAGUUCAGGCGAGAAGAAGGAUCUGUUUAUCGCCUUCCAGGAUCGACCGGCCGUAGUUUCUGUGCACAGCAUUCCAAAAUGAAGCACGUGAUCGCCCUCUUCGCCAUCGUGGCCGCCGUGUUCUGUGUUACCGUUCGGGCCGUGGACGAUGUGCAGCUACUGCAGUUUACCAACGACAACAACGUCGACGGAAGCUACCAGUUUGCCUACGAGCAAAGCGAUGGCCAGAAGCGUGAAGAGAAGGGAGAGCUGAAGCAGGUCGAAGGAGCCGAAGAGCCGGUGCUAUCCGUGUCCGGCUCGUACGAGUACACCGACCCGAACGGGCAGCGAUACCGCGUGGAUUACGUGGCCGACGAGAAGGGUUACCGACCGACUGUUACGAAGCUGUAAAGGAGCCAACGAGUGGGCAAUGCGGACCAUCGCGUCAGGGAACAGAGUGAGAUUUUGUAUAACAAAUGGAAGAACAAUAAAGACUAAAACGCCAAA